CAGGCGACCCGCGCCACCCCCACAAAUCAUCAUUAGUUUCAUUUGGUUAAACAAUUACAUAUGAAUUACAGUCGCUAUAAAAUGAGAGUUAGGAGCUCGAGUUUAUCUCAGUGGCGCGGAUAAUCAUUAGGAAUUCUACGUAACGAAUUCUGAGCCCCCUCUUCCUCUCAGGCAAAAAAAUGCUGCUUAUGCAAUCUGUGUAUUAACUGAUUGGUUGAUAAAAAAAAUUUCAUCUUGUGUAUAUCUGUGAUGCUCUGGAAUGUUGGAGAAAGUGUUAACAUAAGUAGAACAAGUAUCAAGUGUGUAGAUUCAGAACAGGGUUCCAAAUAGCUGUUCUUGUUCUUAUGUCAGAGAACUAGGUCUCCAUUCCCCAAAAUUCCUUCUUUUCCUCCUCUGCUCACCAUUUUUAGUUUUACUUUCUGAAAAUACCUUCCAAAAUAGUUUUGUUUGCUUAUCGUUUAUGUUUCUAAUGGCGAAAAUGUUAUAGCAGAUAAAGCUGCAGAUACAGAGCAGAGGGCUAAAUCUUGGGUAGAUUUUGUUAGUCCUCUGUGAUAGUUGGUGCUGUUAUCUAUGGGCGGCCAUGAUUAUAUACAAUUGUAAAUACCCAACUACCAAAUCCAGUUUUGAGUAAUAGAAGAUACUAGUACUAAAACGCAGGAACAGCUGUGGGCUGAGUAACCAGUUGGGAAGAUCUAGUAGUUGAACAUUUUGCAGGGAAGGGGAUCUGAUACAAUGGAUGCAUACGAAGCAACACAGAUUGUUUUCUCGCGGAUUCAGAGGAUGGAGCCUGAGAUUGUGUGUGAAAUCAUUGAUUAUUUGCUUUCGCAGGAUAAUGGGGAUGAGAAAAUGAUAAGGUUGGCAUUCAGCUCUGAUGCUCUGUUGCUCUCCCUCAUUGCCAAGGCUAAGGCUGAGGUAAAUAAGGAAAUGUAUAAAUUCCAUCUGCCUCCGCCUCUGAUUAACACUAAUACUCCAUCUCCAUCGCCAUUUCUUCCUUGGCCUUCAGUUCAUUGGGAUCCUCUGCAACUAGAGAGGCCAUUAUCAUGGCAGCAGGAACAUGUCAACCAUCUCAAUUACCGGCCCCUGCAGGUGGGUGUUGGAGUGGCACCAAACUAUAAUCGCAGAGACCAAAUUCUUGUCUCAACUAACUCAAACAAUUCUCAUAACAUGGCGCCCUCUGAGUUUCUGUUCCCUGGUUAUCUCAAUAAUGGUGAUAGAGUGGGGACAGGUCAGCUGAAAUCCAUCGCUUCCUCUGUUUCUGAUGUGAACAUAACGUCUGUGUGGAAGCCUUGUGUAUACUUUGCUCGGGGUUAUUGCAAACAUGGAAACAACUGCAGAUUUAUUCAUGGCUACUCGAAGCAGGACAAUAACAAUAACAAUGGUUGUUCGCUGUCUUCACUGAGUGGCAGCGGCAGCCCUACUGAAUCGCGCCACACUGAUGAAUAUUUCCAGAAUGGGUCGUUAGAGAAAUUAGAGAUUGAGUUGCAGGAGCUUCUGAUAGGAAAAAGGGUCCCCAUUUCGAUUGCUGCCCUGCCUCAGUUGUAUUAUGAAAGGUAUGGAAAGACACUUCAGGCAGAGGGGUAUUUGACAGAGAGCCAGCGCCAUGGCAAAGCUGGUUACAGCCUUACAAAGCUGCUGGCACGCCUCAAGGAUACUGUCACCCUCAUUGAUAGGCCACACGGUCAGCAUGCUGUAGUUUUAGCUGAGGAUGCACACAGAUUUAUGCUGUACAGAGGCGGGGUGGAUUUUUUAGGUGGGCUGAAUUCGAGUUCUCGGCAAAUAUACAUGACUUUUCCUGCAGAAAGCACUUUCACAGAGCAGGAUGUAUCAAAUUACUUCAGGACCUAUGGGCCUGUACACGAUGUGAGGAUACCUUAUCAACAAAAACGUAUGUUUGGAUUUGUUACAUUCAUAUAUCCAGAAACUGUAAAAACCAUUCUGGGCAAAGGAAAUCCUCAUUAUGUGUGUGGUGCGCGUGUUCUGGUUAAACCAUAUCGAGAGAAAGGGAAGGCUGGAGACAGGAAGUAUAUUGACAAAGUUGAGCAGCCUAAGUAUAUGUCUCCCAGUAACUUCGAUAUCGAGGACUACGAACAAAUGCAUCUUGGCCUAAGGAUCUUUGAUUAUUCUGGACCAGUCAUAAUACAGAUGGAAAACCAAGAACAAGCUAUUGAGCUUGAAAGUAGGCGACUUGCAGAGAUGCGUCUUGCCAGUGCAGAAGCGCAGCAAAUGCAACUUGUUGAGAAUCAAGCUUCCAUUAUUGCUGCAUCUACAGAUGCUCUUGUUGCCCAUACCGGUCAGAGUCAAGGAAAAAAUGUGCAGGCACAUUAUGCAGAAGCUGAAGAAUCCAGAGUGGAAGAUAUCAGCAUCUUUUCUCCAACCAACCAUUUUGGGUAUUUGCUUGAUGUAUUGGAGAACAAUGAAGAUGGGCCAACCCAGCCAACCCAUGAGAGCAAUGACGAUGAAGAAAGGUACGGGCACAUCCUUCCAGAGAGCCCUUUUGGAAAUACAACAGAAUCCAAUGGUAAUGGAACAUUGCACAAUUCAGAGGAAACAAAGAACUUAAUAGGAGAAAGGGAAGUCACAAUUCCCAAGAUCUCAAGCCAAGCAUUAUCAGUAUCUGUCAUUAAUAAGCAACUUGCAUGCUCCAUGUGCCUCGAUGCCCUUGUGGACCCAAAACAAUUUGAGUGCAACCAUGCCUUUUGCUUGAAUUGCAUGCCAAGGGUGGGUGAAAUGUCCCAUAUUAAUGAAUGUCUUAUUUGUGGGCAGCAGUUGGUUAAACUUCCAAGAAGCAAGGUUAUGCAGGAGCUCCUAGGAAAGAGAGUCGUUCCAGCAUCAAGAGUUUGGUACACAACAUCAGGGGAUGCACCAAUUCUGAGAGUCUGAAUCAUAGAUAUUUUGUUUUAUUUUUCCCAACAUUAUCUAGAUCCCCAACUAAAUAUGGGAUCAAAUUAAUUGUAGUAUAGGGAUAUUAUAAGAUACUAAAGAGUCCAUUGUUUUACAGAAGAUAUUGAGAAGAGAAGAAUAUAGUUGUUACCUGAUCUAGAUAACUUCGUGCCAGUGUCAUGCUCAUUUUGUUAAUAUCUAUGGUGAAGAUGAAAGUUUUCAAAGGGAUAUGUUAAGUAUAGAACAAUCUGUAUAGAGAGCAGAAAAAAACAAUAAUAAAAAAUAAAAAUUGGAUGAAUGCUUUUUUAA